AUGUCUCGCUGCUGCUCAUCCACCAUCAACUCUUCCACCGCCACCUCUUCCACCACCAGCUCUUCCACCACCGCCUCUUCCGCCGCCAUUACCACCAGCACCCCUACCACCUCUACCACCACUACUACCCCUCAGAAGCCCUACUCCCUCCCCUUCCCCCUCCCAAACCAAGACGACAUCGUAGCCAUCCUCAUGGCCGGCUCCAAGCGAAGAAAAGCAGCAGAGAAGAAGAAGCUCGCCGCCGAGCGCCGAAAGCUCCUCGCGGAGAAGCGAGCCAACAGCCCGCCCAAGACUAGGAAGAGAUCUCCCGCGUCACCGAACACCGUGAUCACCCGGUCGAGGGGACGAGCCAUGAAGAAGAAGGAUUGA